UUUAUUAUUUUGACCUCAGUUCACUGCUCUAAAAUUAUUCAUGUCUUUUAGGCUUGUUACAACUGUUGAAUUGCCUGGGGGCAGCGGACUGCUAGUAAGACAGCGCCAUCGUCCAUCUGGCACCAGUUAGUAUUCCCGCUAUCCCGUUGUCAGUUGUGACCCUGUGCCCUGACAUGGCGGCCCCGGCCUCGAGGUAUCGCGCCGCCCGCCGGCGGCCGCCGUUGGGAGGCGGGCGCCCCCUGGUGGCCCAGGGGCGGAACUCGCAGCCUGUGAGGCAGAGCGGGGGGUAACCGUUGCGAACGCCAGGUUGUGGGGUGGCACAGGGCUCUGCGGUUAGGAUGGGUUUGUGAGCUGCCUUGGUCUUGCCCUCUGGGCUCGUCACCUGGGAUGGCAUUUGUGAGGCUGUCAGCCCUGCCUUGGUUUUCAGAGAAAAGUGUGACUUGGGCAGAUUUGAUGAUAGAAUCAUAGAAUGGCUUAGGUUGGAAGGGACCUCAAAGAUUAUCUAGUGCCAUCCUCAGAAAUGGAGUUCAGAAAUGAGGAGACCUCCACAAUAUUACAAGUUUUACAUCUAAAUAACGUGAGCCAGCUGCUCUCAAGUACUACACUGCCUAUACGCAGUCAUGUAUGCCUCCUUUCUUGCAGACUGGCAGUACAGUGACAAGCAAGAGAUGAAUGAAGGGUUAUGCUGUAACAGAGCAACACUGGCCCAUGUGGGCCUUAAGAUCUCCCACAGUUCAAAUAUUUAUUGGUUUACGGCAUCCCUUACAUUUCUGUUUCUAUUUCCCAGGAAGCUGUCCACUCUAUGCAAUUACAUAAAUUGUGGUAUUUAUUACUGGUUCCUAUAUAGUAAAGAGAAGGAAGUCAUACUUGUCUUACUUUUAUACAGAUGGGCAGCCUGUCUUCUAAACCAAUUGCCUUGGACUUGCUCUGUCCAUCUGUGCUGCUAUGAAGUCCACAGUUGACAUUGCCCUCCGUAGAGCUAGUGAUGCCCUGGAUCUCACCUGGAGACCUGGUCAGCGCUGAACUCUAGAUUUUGGGCAGGUUGUUCUCUCAUCUCAGAGUCUGAUUCAAUUGACACAGCUGUCCCAGAAGAACUAGGCUCUCAGCACAAGCACAUAAGUAUCUUCACAGUAGGCAGCUGCUCUGUGGGGCUUGGAGGGUCUUAAGCUGCAAGCUCCGCAGAUGUGUGCACUGCUUGCAGUGUCCCAGCUCUGUGCUGCAGUGAGACAGGCGUAUUGUUUCCCUGGGCUCAGAGGCCAGAGAAAAAGAGAAACCAGGUGGAAAAUAGGGGAAAAGACUGGCAGGCAGGGCCACCAGAAGUAUGUAAAUAGAGCAACGGUAGCUCUGUUUGGAAAAACUCUGAGGGUUGCAGGUUUGCUCUAGAGCAGAAUGAAAUCAACAGCUUGCCCAGAGUCCUGGGACUGAUGGAUUGAACAAGAAUAGGUAACAGUGCUUAACCUGGCAAGUAAUCUAAGAGACAUCAUGUAGAAAGAGUCUGCGUACCCUGCUGGUGAGUGGCCAGUGGAUAGAGAAAGUCCAUGAGUAGUAACAGGCAGAGAGGACUGGGGGCUGGACUCAGAUCAGGUGGUGAACUCAGAGCGUCCUCCUUCCUGGAGUUUGCUCAGGGCAGUGCUGAAUUUACAGCUGGACAGAAGAAAGGCCUGGCCCCAAAGUGAAGACCUUCCUCAGCGCACCGGCAGACCACUCCAAUCAGAACUGCAGAGAACUGCCACAUUAACUGGACAUUUGAUUACAACUGCUGUGGCCUGUGUGGUGAGCAUUUAGGGGCUGAAGAAAAUGCCACUGGCUAGAUCGCUGUCCAUGACCUCUCUGAAUGGACUUCCUCAGUGGGAAGAUGAAGACCUGCCAGUGGAGGACUUGUUGCUCUUUGAAGUUUCUUGGGAAGUUACCAACAAAGUGGGAGGCAUUUAUACUGUGAUCCAGACAAAAGCCAAAAUUACGGCAGAUGAAUGGGGUGAAAACUAUUUUCUAAUUGGUCCUUACUUUGACCACAAUGUGAAGACUCAGGUGGAAGCAUGUGAGCCUCCAAACCCCGCAAUUAAGAAGGCAAUGGACACAAUGAAAAGCCAAGGGUGUCAGGUCUCUUUUGGAAGAUGGCUGAUAGAGGGCAGCCCAUAUGUCUUACUGUUUGAUAUAGGAUCAGCAGCCUGGAAUUUGGAUAGAUGGAAAGGUGAAUUUUGGGAUGCUACCAACAUAGGGAUACCUUUUCAUGACCGAGAAGCCAAUGAUGCUGUAAUUUUUGGAUCAUUAACAGCCUGGUUUUUAAAAGAGCUUUCCUGUCAGUUUGAUGACAAGCCCAAUGUAAUUGCUCAUUUCCAUGAAUGGCAGGCAGGAGUGGGUUUAAUACUGUCUCGAUCUCAGAAACUUCCAGUUGCUACAAUUUUUACUACCCAUGCCACUCUGCUUGGGAGAUACCUGUGUGCAGCCAAUAUAGACUUUUACAACAAUCUUGACCAGUUUGACAUUGACAAGGAAGCAGGAGAGAGACAGAUUUACCAUCGAUAUUGUAUGGAACGGGCAUCCGUACAUUGUGCCCAUGUGUUCACCACAGUCUCACAGAUAACAGCAAUUGAAGCAGAGCACAUGCUUAAAAGAAAUCCUGAUGUUGUUACUCCAAAUGGCUUGAACAUUAAGAAGUUUUCAGCAAUGCACGAAUUUCAGAAUUUGCAUUCUAUGUACAAAGCUAGGAUCCAAGAGUUCAUUCGAGGUCAUUUCUAUGGCCACCUUGACUUCAGUCUUGAAAAUACCUUAUUUUUCUUCAUUGCUGGGAGAUACGAGUUUUCCAACAAAGGAGCUGAUAUGUUUCUAGAAGCCUUAUCAAGAUUAAACUUUUUGCUGAGGGUACAUAAGAGUGAUGUUACAGUUGUUGUGUUCUUCAUUAUGCCAGCAAAGACGAACAAUUUCAAUGUGGAAACCCUGAAAGGACAAGCAGUCCGGAAGCAGCUCUGGGACACUGUGCAAUCUGUGAAAGAAAAGUUUGGAAAGAAACUCUACAAUGCCUUACUAAAAGGAGAAAUUCCAGACUUGAACAAGAUUCUUGACCGGGAUGAUAUAACCAUUAUGAAAAGAGCCAUCUUUUCAACUCAGCGACACUGUCUGCCUCCAGUGACCACCCACAACAUGAUUGACGAUGGCAAUGAUCCAAUACUCAAUACCAUCCGACGUAUUGGCCUUUUCAAUAACCGAACAGACAGAGUAAAGGUGAUUGUGCAUCCGGAGUUUCUUUCUUCGACAAGCCCAUUGCUGCCCUUGGACUAUGAAGAAUUUGUUAGAGGUUGUCACUUGGGUGUAUUUCCAUCAUACUAUGAACCCUGGGGUUACACUCCAGCUGAAUGUACUGUGAUGGGUAUUCCCAGUGUGACCACAAACCUUUCUGGAUUCGGCUGUUUCAUGCAGGAACAUGUUGCUGACCCAGCCGCUUAUGGCAUCUACAUAGUUGACAGGAGGUUCCGCUCACCUGAUGAAUCAUGCAACCAGCUGACUCAGUUCCUGUAUGGAUUUUGUCAGCAGUCCCGUCGCCAGAGGAUCAUCCAAAGAAACAGAACUGAGAGGCUCUCAGAUCUGUUGGACUGGAGAUACCUAGGCAGGUAUUACAUGCAUGCAAGACACUUGGCCCUCAGCAGAACAUUCCCUGAUAAAUUUGAGAUGGAACCAUGUGCUCCACCAAAGACGGAAGGUUUCAGAUACCCCAGACCUUCAUCAGUGCCACCAUCACCUUCUGUCUCUCAGCAUUCCAGCCCUCACCAUAGCGAAGGUGAAGAUGAAGAUGAGGAUGAAAGAUACGAUGAGGAUGAGGAAGCUGAAAGGGAUAGGCAAAAUAUCAAGUCUCCAUUUUCACUUGGAGUAUUGCCACAAGGAAAGAAGAAGCAGCAUGGAGAGUACAGGAAUUGAAUGUGUUGCUCUCCACCCAGGCAGGGUCCCUCCAUGUAUUUAAGUUUCUCCUGUAGGCAUUGCAAGCUUUGUAUUAAGGACAGUAUGUUAUAAUUUAGGAGAAUCUUAAAUGACACUUGAGCAACACUGUUGGGAAGCCUAAUAUUACUUCACCUUAAAAGUAGUUUAAAUGACAUUUCUUCUGUGCUCCUUGGAGGAGGAAGAAUUUUCUCAAGCUUAGUAAACUUAGAGAAUGUAACGGUCUCCCUAAGCUUAUAUAAAGUGUAGAUCACACGUUCGUCUGCAUAAUCAUCUGUACUAAUCUUAGUUCAUGCCAAUAGCUCCACUAUGGUUGUUCCAAAUGAAUUCUUCCUUCAUUUAUGUCCCUCAUUUUCUCCUCCCAAACUAACAUAAUCUUUAAGCUAGAGCGCAGAAAAUAUAGAGAAAAAGAGUUUUACACUGGAAAAAUCUUUUCAGAGGUAAAAAACUGAGAAGAAAAUGGUCUUUAUUUUUCCUUAUGCUGUUUAUCUUAUUGUAAACUUGCAUCAUUUAAAACAUUUUUUACAGCACAUGGAAGUGUCUUCGUUCAAUGAUAAAACACACUGUGGAACAAUAUAAAGUCUUAUGCAGUGGGCAUUUGAAUUUUAGAUACAAAUGAAGUUAUCUUCUGGAAGUCCUUUAGACCCACAAUAAACAGCAGACCAUUUAUUUUCUGAUUCCUCUGGUACGACUCUUUAAUUGUUUUCAUUAUGUCUAACAUUAAGUUUGUUAACAAACCAGGUCAGGGAGAAAAUGAAUGUGACUUGUCUAAAGAGAAUAAAAAAAUUACCUUAAUUAACAGCUUCCCAUACAGUCAAACUUACAUGCCACAGAGCAAUUCAAAGUGGUGUAGUUUUAGUUCUUCCAGUUGCCCACUGGUUCGUGCUCUAUUUCAAUUGUGUGGAAGAGACCUGUCAAUGGUUUCCCAGCCAUUUUGGUCCAGUUCUCUGACUAAUGGCGCGGGGGGAC